CCUCCCGACAUAGCCCACCAGGAACUGUCUGAGUUCACGCUAAGGUCGAGGGCCCCUGGCGCCUCGAGGGCUUGACAAACAGGAUAUUAGUGGUCGGCCAUCCAGAACUGGGGAGUUAACACCGGGGAGUUUCCCAUCCACAAUGUGCCCGAGAUGAAAGCUAAGUCAACCUCCUGCGACUUCCUUGUAUUCAAGCCAGGUGGCCCCAGUCUAAAUCUCUCGCCCCAUUAAAUUUGACCAACGAAAAUCCUGUGACCAUGCAUCCGCUUUUGUACCCACGCUUUUCGCUAUAUAAGGCACCCCCGUUCCCCAUCUGGGCGCGCUUGGUUCCCGAGACCAAGACGCCCGGGUACCCGUAUGUGUGAUCAAUAAAACCUCUUGCUGAUUGCAUCCAUACGUGUGGCCUCGCUGGUCCUUGGGGGGGGUCUCUCAGAUUGAAAGUAUCCCUAGUACGGGGGUCUUUCAUUUGGGGGCUCGUCCGGGAUGAAGACCCCCGCCCAGGGACCACCGACCCACCACUGGGAGGUAAGCUGACUGUGCGGAUCCGCUGUUUGUCUGGUGUCUUGUGUCCUCCAGUGUCUGCCUGCCCGAUCGUAUGUGUCUCUGAAACCGCGCCUGCGUCCGUAGUACUCAGCUGUGUACAUCUGUAAUUGGCAGUAGGGGGGGGACGACGGGUUCGUAAACCCCCCCCCCUGAGGCUCCGGGAGACGUCCCAGGAGCGUCUGAUUUUUGGCUCUCACGGUCUAUGCCCAGGCAUUUUUCCGUCCUGUUUGGAGCCGUCCCUCAAGGGGAGGGAUUUUCAGCCCUACUGAGGGAGGGAGAGAGGCAGGUUGCCCUCCCAUCUGAGAGUUUGCUUUCGGUCUUGCGCCGAAGCCGCGCCGCGCGACUUCUUUGUCUGUCUCUGUGUUUGUUUCUUGUAACUGGUAUUUGUGUCUUCAUCCUUUCGGAAGAAAUGGGACAAGCAAUUACCACCCCUUUGUCCCUCAGUCUCGAACACUGGAAAGAAAUUCAGGAAUAUGCGCAUAACCAGUCCGCUGAAGUGCACAAAAAGAAAUGGGUAGCUUUCUGUGCCUCCGAAUGGCCCACCUUUGACGUCGGGUGGCCGCGGGAUGGCACAUUUAGCCUAGACAUCAUUAGGCAGGUAAAAGAAAAAGUCAUGGACUCGGGGCCACAUGGACACCCUGACCAGGUGGACUACAUCAUCACCUGGGAAGCUCUGGUUCAGAAACCGCCUGCAUGGGUCAAGCCGUUUCUCUCUGGAGUGGUCCCUCCCUCCCCCAAGUCUGCCAAACCAUCCGCACCCUCUCUCCCUCCUCCCCUGACUCCACUCCCAGCCCCUACCCGCUCCCGAUCCGCCCUAUACCCAGCUCUUGUGCAAGCCUCUCCUAAGGCGCCCCCCCUCCCCAAACCUAAGGUCCUGCCUGCAGGGGAAGAGACUCUACUUAUGGAUCUCCUGUCUGAGCCGCCUCCAUAUCAAGAGGCACCCCACGAGGCGGCUAAUGAAGCAGAGGCCAUGCCUGCCGAACGCCCCGCUGCGACUGAUGAGGCAGCCCCCUCACCUGUGGCAAGCCGCCUCAGGGGGCGGCGGGAACAGGCCCCUGCGGACUCCACCGCCAUGCCUCUGCGUACCGGCCCGGACGGCCAGCUGCAGUACUGGCCGUUCUCCGCCUCCGAUCUCUAUAAUUGGAAAAACAAUAAUCCUCCUUUUUCUAAAGAUCCCUUGCAAUUGAUCUCCCUUUUAGAAUCAGUCCUAGUGACUCAUCAACCCACCUGGGACGAUUGCCAACAGCUUUUACAGGUGCUACUGACUACUGAGGAGAAGCAGCGGGUCCUCCUCGAGGCGCGGAAGAAUGUGAGGGGAGCGGACGGACAGCCUACCCAGCUCCCUAAUGAGAUCGAUGCAGCCUUUCCCUUAACCAGGCCGGAAUGGGAUUUUAGUACUGAGGCAGGUAGGACUCAUCUUCGUCUCUACCGCCAGUUGCUCAUAGCAGGUCUCCGGGGGGCAGCUCGGCGCCCCACCAAUUUGGCUCAGGUAAAACAGGUUUUGCAGCGAGCAGAGGAAACGCCCGCCGCGUUCCUUGAGAGAUUGAAGGAGGCAUACCGCAUGUAUACGCCUUACGAUCCGGAGGACCCAGGACAAGCCACUGGUCUUGCCAUGGCGUUUAUCUGGCAGUCCGCCCCAGAUAUCCGUAAUAAGUUACAGAGGCUGGACAAUUUACAGGGGUAUACGGUCCCUGAUUUGCUAAAGGAGGCAGAGAAGGUAUUCAAUAAUAGAGAGAGCCAGGAAGAGAGAGAAGAGCGUUGGAGGAGAGAAAACAUUGAGAGGGAGGAAAGGCAGCGAAAGGAAAUGGAAGAGAGAGAAAAUGCCAGGGAUAAAAGGAGACAGAGGGAGCUUUCACGGUUGAUGGCCACUGUAGUGUCAGGACAGAGACAGCGGCAGGAUAGACAAGGAGGAGAUCGAAGAGGACCCAGGGUAGAUAAAGAUCAGUGUGCCUACUGCAAAGAACGGGGCCACUGGGCUCGGGAGUGCCCAAAGAAGCAAAGUCGGAACAGAAAUACAAGACCCCAGGCCUCAGCUUCUCUCCUAAACCUAGAAGACUAGGGGAGUCGAGGCCAGGAGCCCCCCCCUGAGCCGCGGCUAACCCUACACGUAGGGGGGCACCCCGUCACCUUCCUGGUGGAUACAGGGGCACAGCACUCCGUUUUGACCAGGUCUCCUGGCACGUUGAGCGGCCGCACGGCCUGGGUCCAGGGAGCCACAGGAGGAAAGACCUACCGCUGGACCACCGACCGGCAAGUGCAACUAGCGACUGGCAAGGUAACCCACUCCUUCCUCCAUGUCCCAGACUGUCCAUACCCAUUGCUGGGUAGGGACUUAUUAACUAAACUAAAGGCUCAGAUACAUUUUGAUAAGACUGGGGUCAGCAUCACUGACCCGUCGGGAAGGCCGUUGCAUGUGCUCACCUUGUCCAUAGAAGAUGAGUAUAGACUACAUGAACGAAGCAAAAAGGCCCCAACCGAUAUGGAGGGAUGGCUACUCAAGUACCCCCAAGCAUGGGCAGAGACCGGGGGCAUGGGUCUCGCCGAUAGCCAGCCACCCAUAAUUGUGUCCCUGAAAGCGAACGCCAUCCCAAUCGCCGUAAAGCAGUACCCAAUGUCCAAGGAAGCCAGAGAAGGCAUAGCUCCUCACAUCAAUAGACUGUUGGAUCAAGGGAUCCUCGUACCCUGUAAGUCCCCCUGGAACACCCCUCUAUUACCCGUCAGAAAACCAGGAACGGGGGACUACAGACCAGUCCAGGACCUCCGAGAGGUUAAUAAACGGGUUGAAGAUCUACACCCCACAGUGCCCAACCCCUACAACCUCCUUAGUGGGCUAUCGCCUACCCACGUCUGGUAUACGGUCCUGGACCUCAAGGAUGCCUUCUUUUGCUUGAGGCUACACCCCAACAGCCAGUUGUUAUUUGCCUUUGAAUGGAGAGACCCAGCUCGGGGAAUCUCCGGUCAGCUGACCUGGACAAGGCUACCCCAAGGGUUUAAAAACAGCCCCACUCUCUUUGACGAGGCACUACACCGGGAUCUGGCCGUUUUUCGGGUCCAGCACCCCUCUCUGAUUCUGCUCCAGUACGUAGAUGAUUUGCUGCUGGCGGCUACGUCAGAGGAAGACUGUCGCCGGGGCACCGAGACCCUACUCCAGGUCUUGGGGAGUCUGGGGUACCGGGCAUCGGCCAAGAAAGCCCAGCUCUGUUUAAAACAAGUGACCUAUCUGGGCUACAAAAUAAGGGAAGGGCAGAGGUGGCUAACUGAGGCCAGAAAGCGAACCAUUCUGAACAUUCCCGCCCCAAGAACCCCCCGUCAAUUACGGGAAUUCCUGGGAACCGCAGGCUUCUGCCGCCUCUGGAUCCCGGGUUUCGCUGAGUUGGCCGCUCCCCUCUAUCCCCUCACGCGGACCGGCAUCCCCUAUAACUGGGGAACGGACCAGCAGCAGGCCUUUGAGAAUAUCAAACAGGCCCUCCUACACUCCCCGGCCCUGGGACUGCCCGACUUGCUGAAGCCCUUCGAGUUAUACGUUGACGAAAGACAGGGCUACGCGAAGGGGGUGUUAACCCAGAAGCUGGGACCAUGGAGGAGACCGGUGGCCUAUUUAUCCAAGAAACUGGACUCAGUGGCCGCAGGAUGGCCACCCUGCCUCCGGAUGGUAGCGGCGAUAGCAAUUCUGGUUAAAGAUUCUGGCAAACUGACCAUGGGUCAACCCCUUACCGUUCUGGCCCCGCAUGCUGUUGAAGCAAUCAUCCGACAACCUCCGGACAGGUGGCUCACCAAUGCGAGAAUGACUCAUUACCAAACCUUACUAUUAGAUACCGACCGAAUCCGGUAUGGGGCCCCGGUGGCCUUAAAUCCAGCCACCCUCCUACCUCUCCCUGGCACCCCCGAACACCAUGAUUGUCAGCAGAUCCUGGCCGAGGUACAUGGCACUCGCCCAGACCUCUCAGACUUGCCCCUCCCCAACCCUGAACACGUCUGGUACACGGACGGGAGCAGCUUCAUGGAACACGGAGAGCGGCGGGCCGGUGCGGCGGUGACCACGGAAGAUCAGGUAAUAUGGUCCCAAGCUCUACCUGCAGGAACCUCCGCUCAGAAAGCGGAGCUCGUAGCUCUGACCCAGGCUCUAAGACUGGCGGAGGGAAGGAGAUUGACGGUGUAUACCGACAGCAGAUAUGCCUUCGCCACGGCCCACAUCCAUGGCGAAAUAUACAGAAGGAGAGGUUUACUUACUUCGGAGGGAAAAGAGAUUAAAAAUAAAAAAGAAAUACUAGCCUUGCUACAGGCCAUUCAUCUGCCGCGAGCUCUCAGCAUCAUCCAUUGCCCAGGGCACCAGAAAGGGGACACUCCAGUUGCAAGAGGCAACAGGAUGGCUGACUGGGCGGCGAGGGCGGCCGCCACUGAGGAAAAACGGGUCGAAGUCCUAUCGGUUGACUCUAGACCUCAUCAUGGUGACUCCCGAUGGGAAUACACGGAACAAGAUGUCAAGGCUCUGCACUCCCUGGGAGCACGGGAAGAUCUAAAAACUGGGAAAUGGGUGUACCAAGGAAAGGUAGUGUUGCCCUACGAAAUGGGCCGCCAUUUGAUCUCCUGGCUGCAUCGCCUCACACAUCUCAGCUACCAGAAAAUGAAAAAGCUUCUGGAACGGGAAGAAGAGGUCUACUUCUUUCUACAGAAGAACGAUCUUCUCAAAGAAAUCACCGAACGUUGUGACGCCUGCGCCAGAGUGAAUGCUUCUAAAAUCAAGCUGCCUCCGGGUAUAAGAACCAGAGGUCACAGGCCCGGCACUCACUGGGAAGUAGACUUUACUGAAAUAAAACCGGGCAAGUAUGGAUAUAAAUAUCUACUGGUUUUUGUAGAUACCUUUUCAGGAUGGCCGGAAGCAUUCCCGACAAGGCACGAGACUGCCGCUGUGGUGGCCAAGAAGCUAUUGGAAGAAAUCUUCCCCCGAUACGGGAUGCCCCAGGUAGUAGGGUCAGAUAAUGGUCCCGCCUUCAUCUCCCAGCCCAUCUACAGGCCCUCCAGCUGGUCCAGAAGGAGGUGUGGGAACCUCUAGCCCAGGCGUACCGGGACCAGAGAGACAAUCCGGUCGUGCCUCAUCCGUAUCAGAUCGGAGACGCUGUCUGGGUCAGACGCCAUCAG